GUCUGCGAUUGGGCGCCGCGGGGCUGGGGCGGUGCGCCGGGGGCCUCCGCCUGGAGCCCGGGGCCAGGCGCGUCCUGCUCGGCCCGGCCGGGUGGCACGGCCCCGGGGCGGCUCCCGCGGCGGGUCCCCGAGGGGACUGGGCGGGGCCGGGGGCGAGUGUCCGGCCCCGCCCCGGCCCCGCCCCGCUCCGGAGCCGCCCGGGACGCAGGGAGGAGGGCGGCUGGGCCGGAGCUGCCCGCGGCGCCGCGCUCCUGCACGCUCCGGACCCGCCUCUGCAGGUGCCAUGACUCAACCGCCCCAGGAGGGCUUCGACAGGAGCGUGGAGGAAGCCCGGCAGUGGAUGAAGGCUGUGCAGGAGCGGCUGCAGGUCAACGACAACACCCAGGGGCCCCGGGCGGCCCUGGAGGCCAGGCUGCGGGAGACCGAGAAAAUAUGCCAGCUGGAGCCGGAGGGGCGCGUGAAGGUGGACGUCGUGCUGCGGGCGGCGGAGGGCCUCCUGGCGUGUUGCCAGGACGGCCAGAAGCCCGAGAUCCUGGCCCAGCUGAAGGACAUCAAAGCCCAGUGGGAGGAGACGGUCACCUACAUGACCCACUGUCACAGCCGCAUCGAGUGGGUGUGGCUGCACUGGAGCGAGUACCUGCUGGCUCGAGAUGAGUUCUACCGCUGGUUCCAGAAGAUGAUGGUGGUCCUGGAGCUGCCCGUGGAGCUACAGCUGGGCCUGAAGGAGAAGCAGUGGCAGCUGAGCCACGCCCGGGUCCUGCUGCACAACGUGGGCAACCAGGCCGUGCUCCUCGACCGGCUGCUGGAGGAGGCGGCCUCCCUGUUCAACAGGAUCGGGGACCCCAGUGUGGACGAAGAUGCCCAGAAGAGGAUGAAGGCCGAGUACGCCGCCGUGAAGGCCAAAGCCCAGGACAGAGUGGGCCUGCUGGAGCAGGUGACCCGGGAGCACGAACAUUUCCAGGCAGGCGUGGACGAGUUCCAGCUGUGGCUGAAGGCGGUGGUGGAGAAGGUGAGCAGCUGCCUGGGGCGGAACUGCAAACUGACCACCGAGGGCCGUCUCUGCGCGCUGCAGGACAUCGCCGGCGAUUUUCCCCGGGGUAAGGAGUCAUUGAGGAGGCUGGAGGAGCAGGCUGUGGGCGUCAUCCAGAACACCUCUCCUCUGGGCGCGGAGAAGAUCACCGAGGAGCUGGAGGAGAUGCAGAAAGUUCUGGACAAGCUGCGAGCCCUCUGGGAGGAGGAGGAGGAGCGGCUGCAGGGCCUGCUCAAGUCCAUGGGAGCCUGUGAGCAGCAGAGGCGGCAGCUAGAGGCCGAGCUGGGAGAGUUCAGGAAGGACCUUCAGAGGCUGGCCGAGGAGGGUCUGGAGCCCGCGGCGAAGGCGGGGACCGAGGACGAGCUGGUGGCCCGCUGGAGACUCUACUCGGCGACGCGGGCGGCCCUGGCCGCGGAGGAGCCCCGGGCGACGCGGCUGCAGGCCCAGCUGAAGGAGCUCGUCGUCUACCCCCAUGACCUGCAGCCGCUCUCUGACAGCGUGGUCGCUGCUCUCCAGGAGUACCAGAGCAUGAAGGGGAAGAGCGCCAGGCUGCGCAAUGCCACGGGGGCGGAGCUGUGGCAGCGUUUCCAGAGGCCUCUACAGGACCUGCAGCUGUGGACGGCCCUGGCCCAGAGCCUCCUGGACAUCACCGCCAGCCUGCCGGACCUGCCCUCCAUUCACACCUUCCUGCCCCAGGUCGAGGCGGCCCUGGCAGAAAGCUCGCGCUUGAAGGAGCAGCUGAUGAUGCUACAGCUGAAGAAAGACCUGCUGAGGAGCGUCUUCGGCCAGGACAAAGCCACGGCCCUCCUGGAGCAGGUGGCGAGCUCCGUGCGGGACAGAGACUUGCUGCACAACGGCCUCCUGCAGAGGAAAAGCAAGCUGCAGAGCCUGCUGGCUCAGCACCAAGAUUUUGGGGCUGCUUUCGAGCCCCUACAGAAGAAGCUGUCGGACCUCCAAGGCAGGGUCCGAGCUGAGAACGGGCUUCAGCAGGACCUUCCUAGGAAACAGACCCAGCUCUCCAGGUUGCAGGGGCUGCGGGAAGAGGGGCUGGACCUUGGGGCACAGAUGGAGGCCGUGAGGCCUCUCGUCCAGGGGAACCCCACCCACCAGCACAAAAUGGAGCAGCUUUCUGCCGACUACCAGGCCCUGCAGAGGUCUCUGGAGGACCUCAUGGACAGGUGUCAGCAGAGCGUGCGGGAACAUUGCACCUUCAGCCACCAGCUGCUGGAGCUGAGACAGUGGAUCGCCGUGGUCACCCAGAAGCUGGAGUCACACCAGGAGGAGGCAGGCCCGUGGGACGCCCAGUCCCGGGAGGUCGAAGUCGAGAGGCUGCUGGCUGAAUUCCCGGAGAAGGAGGCCCAGCUGCCCCUGGUCGAAGCCUAUGGCCGGCUGGUGAUGAAGAAGUCUUCUCUGGAAGGGGCUGCUCUGGUCCAGGAGGAGCUGGAGGAAUUGGUGCAGUCGUGGCAGGCUCUGAAGCUGCUGGAGGAAAGCCUGCUGAGCCUCAUCAGAAACCAGCAGCUGCAGAGGACGGAAGUGGACUCGGGGAAGAAAACGAUUUUCACCAACAACAUCCCGAAGACUGGGUUUCUCAUCGAUCCCGCGGAGCCUCUUUCCGGGCGUCACCGCCGGGCAAAUCUGCUCCGAGAAGAAGGCAGCCGGGAAGGUUACUCCCAGCUCCUGAGGGACUUUGAGCAGUGGUUGGAGGUGGAAAACGCCAAGCUGGUUAGCAUCAUCGCGAUGAGAAUGGCCGCAGCCAGGGAUCUGAGGGCCAGGGAAGCGAAGCUACAGGAGCUGCAGGCUCGGGUUCCAGAAGGUCAGCGUCUCUUCGAGAACCUCCUUCAUGUCGGGCCAGCGAGGGGGUCCUCGGACGAGCUCGAGGACCUGCGUUACCGGUGGAUGCUGUACAAGUCCAAGCUCAAGGACUCCAGCCACCUGCUGACACAGAGUUCUCCAGGGGAGCCGACUGGAUUCCAAAAGGCUCCACGGUGGCGAGGACUCGGGCCCCUCUUCCGGAAGGUGUGCUGUGUGGCUCUCCCCCUGCAGCUGCUGUUCCUGCUGUUCCUGCUGCUGCUGUUCCUGCUUCCGGUCGGGGAAGAGAACCGCAGCUGCACGCUGGCCAACAACUUCGCCCGCUCCUUCAAGUUCAUGCUGCGCUACGAUGGCCCCCCGCCCACCUAACCCGCCGGGCCACGCAGGUGACUCUCUCCUCCAGCCCUCCAUCCGCCCCAGGGCUCCUUCCAAGGGGGCCCAGGAAACUGGAAACAGAGGCAGGCUGCGACCGGCACAGCUGCCUCGGUGUAAAUACUGCAUUGAUGCCCCCCAAACAAAACCACUUUUUAUAUGGUGUCGUCUUAGCCUAUUUAUCCUAAAGGUGCCCUAUGUGCGACUAGGGAGUGAUGCAUAGAAUGUUUAUAUCCUC